AUGUCAGAGUCUGUGUUUGCUGGACUAUGUCAUAAAGUGGGCACUUCUACACAGAUUAACAUAAGGAGAGAAGUAGAGGACAUCCGAGAAAUCGUUAGGAAUGAACUCGUCUUCGGAAGGGGGGAUUAUUUGAUAUGGAGUGGUAGUUAUAGAGAAGGAUUCAGACUUGAGGGAUCUGAUGUGGACUUGAUGAAAUGUUUCAGCAUCUAUCAAGUUGUCUGGGACUUAAAUCAAGCAAUGAGUUUCAAUAUAAACAGAAAAUGGCUUUUUCUGUGUGACUGCUCUGAGAGUCCUCCUGGAUUCACAUUGCUUGCGCCAUGGCCAAUGAUGGCUAUACAAACAGAGGUUCCCACCUUCUUUGUCAGAAUAAAUGGCAAAGUAUAUAUCUCCAGUUCUAAAUAUAGACGGAUCGCAUGUCCAUUGGGAGUCCCCAAAAAUUUUACUGAACAUGGACCUUGCCAAAGUGGCUACCUAGGAGACAAAGAAUAUGAUUUUGCUCUCUGUUUUGAGUGCAAAUUUUGGCCUCCAUCUGCCUCCUCAUGGAUAGACAGGUGUCAAAUCUGGCCUCAAUCUCAUAUUCUUCAUAAUAUAGUAAAAAAUGGAUGUCACUUAGUAGCAAUAGGACACAAAUUAGGAAAGCACGCAGACGAUGAAUGGAGAAUUUCCUUUUCUCUAGCAGAACUAAAACUUGUUUAUUCAAUGAACCACUGUCAAUUCCUAACCUAUGGUUUACUUAAAAUUUUCCUCAAAGAAAUAAUUCAUAGCGCUUUGGGUGACCAGGAUAAAUUACUGUGUUCCUAUCACAUGAAGACAUCAGUUUUCUGGGUUAUUCAACAAAACAUAAUAGCUCACUGGUGUCCACAAAAUCUCCUGGAGGCUUUCUGGGUCUGCUUCAAGCUCCUCCUUAAAUGGGUGUACGAGGGGGUCUGUCCUAAUUUUUUCAUUCCAGAAAACAAUAUGUUUGUGACCAACAUACAUGGUGAAGCACAGAAGAUUUUAUUUCUAAGACUUUAUGGAUUAUAUGAGAAUGGAAUAGCUUGCCUGCUUCACAGUCCCACCAUCAGGCCCUAUCUUAUAAAUGUCCUCCGUAAUCCUAGACAAUCUAUCUGCAUCCAUGAAUACAAUCUCGUCUCAGAGCAUCAGCUUGAUUUUGAACUUUUCAAUGUGAUAAGUAAAACGCAUUUAGUGCUCGUUAUGGAUCUACGUCGUUGCAUUAAGUGUCUAAGCAUCAUAGAAUAUUUGAUAGGAUUACGCUUGACACAGUAUCAAUUUGUCUUGCUACAGAAAUCUACAGUCAAUGUACUUCAAACAAUUUCAUUUUUAUUGUUAAACAGGUGUUAUAACACAGUUGCCAACAAACUGAUGUAUAAAGUUGACAAAAAGAUCUGUCACAUGCUGAGUUUAGCAGCCAAGUUUGGAUGUAUUUCUGAUACAUUGUACUUAGUCAUGUAUUAUUAUCGGACAGCUAGAUACUUAAAAGCCCUUUUUGUUAAUGAGAUGAUGGAAGUCAAAUUAUCACAGCCACAUGUGUUAUAUAGGAUUAUAGACCCAGUUAAAUAUAGUGAGGCCAUAGGGGGACAGUCUUUGUCUACAAAACUGAGGCAGGCUACAGCAGACGACAUCGAUCUUCCACCUGAAAUCUGUUACUUGCAUGAACUAAUACCAGAACAGUCUGUUUUACAAAAUGGAAAUAUUAUUCUGGCCAUUCCCUUGUUUACACUGGUAUACAUGCUAGAGAUUUUGUGCUCCAUGCACACUGAUACCGUGCGUGCGCAAAGGGCUCUACUUAAACUAAAAUCUCUAGUACACUUUGACCAGGGGGUAUAUCUGCCUGAAAAACUCAAAGGCAUAUCAUGGCAGAUUCUGGGGAUCUGUCAACAGAUCACAGGGGACAUUCAUUCUGCUCUAUUCUCAUACCAACAAUCCCUCAGACAAUAUCCGUACCAUGAGUUACGAACUGCAACAUUGAUGAGAAUACAGGAUAUAAUGAGAACAUCCCAGCGUGAGAACAUGUGA